AUGGCGUUGAGAGAGCGGCAGAGGGGGCGACGGGGAGAAGCGGAGGCACCACCGGCUGCGUGCCACGCGAACAACGGGGAGGCAGAUCGGGCCGGAGAGUUCCACAAGACCUUGCCCCACGACGAAUUCGGCCGGGUGAGCAACAUAGGCGAUGGACGGAUAGACUAG